CAUAUUAAAUGGACUUGAAAAUUCUUUUAAGAAAUCUAACAAAUACGAAGAUAAAUUAUUACAAUGUAGAAUGUCGCAUAAACAUUAUCAUGCUAAUGAUUUGUGGAAUACAGACGAUUCUACUACAAAGGAUUCUAAAAAUUUCAAUACAGAUUAUGUUAAGUCACCAAGAAGUGUUUACAAUGUAACCGAAUCUUGGUCUACCAUGAGCAUGGUGUGUCUACAAUACCAGUAUGAAGAAUUAACCAAACGUUACAAUACUCUGUUGCAAGCCUACAACGAAGGUUGUACUUCACUUGGCUCAUACAACAAUGAGCUGUUAAAACUUCGGAAACGCAUAAAGGAUUCUCACGAAGAAAUUACUAGUGCGAACAAAAUAAUUUUAACUGUUGGAAACAAGUACUUAACGCUUAAACACAGAAAAUUAAUUCAGAAAGUCUGGUACGAAGGUAAGAUAGAGCGUCUGAAGAGAGCGAUACGCACCAUACUCGUGACGGCGGAACGCGCGUGUAUCGCGCUAAAUGAACAGUCGUGAUGCGGACAUCUUGUAUCGAGAUGAAAAUCCCCAGUAGAACAAUUGGGAGAGAAAAUAAGUUGAACGUUUCUUUAUAAAAUGUAUAAAAUACUAUCUUAUAAUUAUCAUAAUAAAUAAUACUUGUCUUGUAA